AGAUGAAAGAAGCCAAAAGGCUGAAAGAGUUCCUUGAAGAUUACGACGACGACCGAGACGACCCUAAAUACUACAGGGGCAGCGCUCUGCAGAAGAGACUCCGUGACAGAGAAAAGGAGACGGAGCUGGACGAUAGAGACAGGAAGAGGGAGAAGGAGGAGCAUGAGGAGAUCAGACAGAGGCUGCUGGCUGAAGGUCACCCCGACCCCGAGGCUGAGCUGCAGAGGGUGAGUCCUGCGUUCAUGCAACUCCCAUGA